UUUAUAUUAUAAUUCAUUGUCAACUCACACUACAAGAAAAUUGACUUCUCGUUCCAUUUGUGGCUGAUGGUAUGAUAUUUAAUUUUGGACUGCAAUACUAUUGAUCCUUCAAAUGAAUGAAAUGAACGAAACUUAACUAGUUGACCAUAACAUGAUAUAAUUGGACCGCACGAACAUCAUAGUCAAAAGCACUUUCAAGUUUCAACUUAUGAUUUCUAAAAUAACCUUCUCAAAAGAGCAAAAGGCUCUUAAAAAACAAAAAUUCAAAGUGUUAGUUAGCUUAACACCAUUUAAAUUUUUGACAAUACCAUAUGUUAUUUAUAUAUAAGCACUUCAUAUUUCUAAAUAUAUGUUGCAUAUAUUUUUUGUGUUACUUUCUUCUCUGCAUAUAGAAUCAGAAUGGCCAUGUCAAGUGACGAAGCUUAUCAUGAAAAUGAGAGACAAGUGAAGGAUAGAAAAGAAAAGAGGAAGUUAUAUCGUUCUAAUCGGCAUAGCAGAGAUAAAUUUCAAGAGAGAUUGGAUUUCAAGUUCUAUGAUUUCAAGGCUCUUGAGAUUGAAAAAGGGUGGAACCAGCUUUUUGUAUCUAUUAUUUCUAUAGAAAAUGGGGAAACCAUAGCCAAAUCUGGGAAAGCAUUAGUUAAAAAUGGAGAGUGUCAUUGGGAAGAGUCUAUGUUAAGUACCAUGUGGAUUUCUGAUUAUUCUCUACAAGAAAAUCAAGGCUGUCUCCUUAAGCUUCUUGUAGCAAUGGGAUCUCCCAGGUUUGGGACUCUUGGGGAGGCUACCAUUAAUUUAGCAGGUUACAUUGGGCAAGAAACUUAUACUGCCUCAUUGCCUUUGAUACAACAUUGUUCACGAGGAGCAAUCUUACAAGUUAAAAUUCAGUGUUUGACACCAAGAAGUAAUUACAGGAAUGAUGCAAAUUCAUAUGGGGAGGAAAUGAGUGUUGGCUAUGAGGAUGUGGACAGCAUAUCCAAUGCAUCUGACACUACAUUCAGCAGGACUAGUGUCUCCUCACAAUGUGACCAAUUAGAAAAUAUAUUUUAUCCUGGAGAACAUUGCAGUAAGAGAAGAGGUCCUUUGACGACAUGUUCAGAUCAUGAUGUUGGCUCUUUGGAUAGUUCCUUUCCCUCUUGGAUCGGAAACUUUCCCCAACAAAGUAAUGUCAAUGUGCAGGAGAGACAAGAUUCUCUCUAUGAUACUUCCACACUGAGACAUGCAUCCUCUACUUCAACAACCUUAAGUUUAGGGACAGAGAUUCAAGACAAAAUGGAAGACUUUGGGAAAAUUCCGCAAGCCGGUGACUCAACAUCAGCACUGAGUGUUUGUUCAUCUAAGGAUAUGUUGGGAGCAGCACAAGUAACAAUUGAGUUACUUCAUGGUGAGGUGAAGAUGUGGGAAGAAAAUUCUAGAAAGCUGAUGACUGAUGUGGAGAGAUUGCGGAAGGAGUUACACAAGAAGUCGAAGCAUAAAAAAAAUCUCGAAAUGGAGUUAUCAACGACGCGCAAAGAGAGCUGUGAUUUGAAGGAAGAAAUUCAACGGAUAACCGCUAUGGUGAAACAAAAUGACAGUAGAAAUCUCAGGCUUCAGAUAGAAGAGAAGGAUAAUGUCAUAAAGGAGUUGGAAGUGAAGCUAAAUAAAACACAGGAGUCGAACAUUGAUAUUGUUUCCAUUUUUCGGAAUUUUGAGAAGAAAGUAGAAAAGCAGAAAAUGGUGAUUGCUGAUCUAUCAAGGACUAGUUUUCAGUUUCAAAAUGCUGAAAAUAAUAGUCAUGGGAUUGAAGACAGUGAAGAAGAGGAUUUCAGUUUGAGCAUAGAGGUUUUGCCGGAGAAUUUCUAUCGUUCAGGUUUUGAUUUCAGUACCAAUGAAAAUGCAAUAAGAUGCUUGCAUGAAGGGAUUGAGUUACAAGAAUUCAGGAACUUGGAGAUUGAGCGUCAAGUCAUGCGAGAGAAACAAAAAAACAUGCAAAGUACCAUCGAGUUUCUGGAGAAAACUCUGGACGAGAAAGAUCAAGAGAUGCAAACGGCUACACAUUUUAUGGCUCAAACUUUGGAAGAAAAUGAGGAAAAAUGGAGUAAUAGACUUUUUGAGAAAGAGAAACAAAUUGCAAGCUUCGAAAAAAAGUUACAUGAUGGUGUUAAUGCUUUCGGCAACGAAAUCUUAGCUUUAACACAAAGGGUGCAAGAUCUUGAAGCUGAAUUCCGUGAGAGGCAAGGAGAGUCCGGAGAGGAUAUUGGCAUUUCUGGUACUUCUCCUUCGAGUUUUCUGCUGUUUAACUUUGACACUGCUAUCAACAUCACUGAAGCAUUCCUAGAGUUAUAUAAGCAGCUUCUUCUUUCGGUAGAAAACCGGAAGGAUCAAGAUUCUCUUCUGUCAUUCACCAAAAAUGAAUCACAGCUUUCAAAAUUUGCUGCCAAAAUAGAUUUUAAGGAAUUGACUGAAGCGAUUUUGUGCACCAUUGUCCAGUUAAAUAAGCUGCUUGAAUCAAAGGAAACAUCCUUUGAAAAUGAGACGAAUCUUCAACAAUUCGAAGCUGAAGUUGCACAGUUAUCAGAACAGAUAUCUGGCUUGGAAGCUGAAGUGAAACAUUUGAAUGAAGAAAAGGAGUUAUCUCAAUUGGCGCUGGAGAAUUCUGAAAAUAUUAUCACAUAUCUCCAGGCUGAGAUCAGGAGAAUGGAAAAUAUUACCGCGACACAAAAAGUCGAUUUGAAAAUAAUGGGGGAGAGCAUUCAAAAAAAAUGGACAGAAGCUCAAAAGGAAUGUGAUUUUCUGAAAGGAUCCAACUUAAAAUUACAAGCUACAAAUGAAAAUUUGAUUCAAGUAUCUAAAACUCUUCAGACGUCAAAUGGUGAGUUAAGAAUGCAAAACUUGGCGUUGCACAACCGAUAUACAGUAUUGGAAUCUAAACUAGAAGAAUCACAAGUUGCAUUUUCUGAUAUAAUGAAUUUAGUUGAAGAUUUGGAGUGCAAAUUUACUUCAAUGCUGGAAGAAAUUGCUUCGAAAGAAAAAACAAUGAAUGUAGACCUAGAAGCACUUCUUCAGGAAAACAUAAAGCAAAAUGAAAGGUUUACUAUAGAAGAAAGAUUUCUAACACAGAUGUAUAUGGAAAAAGCAGCUGAAGUGAGCAACUUGCAAAGAGAGGUUGAGCAGCUAACAGACCUGAUAUCUAACAUUUUUUAUAGACACGAGAUAAUAGCCUCGAAUGUUGUACUUGUUGUCUAUGAUUUAUGUUCUGAUAAAGCUAUGACUGAAGCUAAUCUUCAAGAAGAACAGGAGAAAGUAAAGCUAUGUGAAGCAAAGCUUGAUAACCUUCGAGCAGAAUAUGAGGUCGCGGUGUGUAAUUAUAGUAAAGAGCUUGCUGCUAUGAAGGAAAACCAUGAAACUCUGAUGGUUAAUCAUGAAAAAGUAGUUGUUUUGUUGGGAAAAUCCAAAUUGAAUGAAGAGAAACUGAAGGGCAUUGUUAAAGGGCUCGAAGUGGAGCUGAAGGUCUCAGAACUAGAGAGGCUACAAGCAACAGAAGAAAUUUCUGAACUUGAAGUUCAACUUCUGAAAACUGAAGUACUUCAAAAUGAAAACUUCAUCCUCAAGAAAUCUCUAUAUGAAGUAGAAAAUGAAUACAGAAGACUGGAAGCUUCAUAUCAGAUACUAUCCUUAGAGUACGACGUGAUGAAGGCUGAGAAAGUAUCCUGCAUGCAAAGACUCUUAACCACUGAGAAAGUUACAUCAGAGUUGGAGGAUUGCAAACUUAGAAAAGUUGAGCUCGAGGACAAAAUAUUUCAGCUGGAAUGGAAUCUAACCACCAAAGAAGCUUCUUGGCAUAAUAAUGCUCGGUUAAAGUAUGAACUAGCUCAAGUGACAAGAGAAAAUGGUGAGCUAUGCAAGAAGAAAGAUUCGCUUCAACAAGAGAAUGAAGAUUACCAGAAGAAAGUUAAAACUCUUGAAGAAAAGCUGAAGCAAAAAGAAGAAAAACUAAGACCAAUAUAUAUUUGACAAAGAAUGUAGUACUUCUACAACUGCCCAUGAUAAUUUCAAGCUGUCACAGUUAUGCACAAAGAACUUAUCUCUAAUUUAUUUUGUUUAAGCUAUUAUAAUGUGUACUUAAACUCAGCGAGAGGCGACUUUUAGUGCCACAUAUUUCCAGCGAGAGUCCAUUUCAUUUUUCCAACAAUCACUAUAGUCAAAAAAAUAGAUUUUUUCUUUGUAUUUUUGAAAAUAGAUUUUACAAAACCGUUUUGAAAAUAAAUUGGUAUUACCAAGGUGUUC